UAUCACAUCCUCAAUAUUAAAACCUUUUCACCUGCAAAUCUUUAUCAAUCUUUUUCUUCUUCGUUUGUUCUGAAUUUUCUUGUGUUUUUAUAACAAAUUCCUUUUAUACAGAGAGAGAGGUAACCGAAUCAUCUAUUCUCAAACGGUCAAGUGUUUAUGUUGGAAGAGAAAUGAAACCUAUAUAUUAGUCUAGAAACUUAUGCAGUUCAGAUUCAACAGCUGAAAAGCAUAGAGAAGAACCAAGCUUCACUUCGCAGAUCCAAGGUCUGCUAGUGUUUUCUGUUCUACCAACUUCCAAGGUUCUCCAUUUUUCCUAAUUAUUUUAAGAAUAAUUGAGUUGAGAAUCUGAGACAGAAAAAGAGAAGAUGUGGGCAUACAGCAGAAAAGGAGAUUCUGGGUUUUCAUCAUCUUCCACUGCAGAAGAAGUUACUCUUGGAAUAGAUGCCACUGGUCUUACUGCAAUUGUCACAGGUGCAUCAAGUGGUAUUGGUGCAGAGACAGCACGAGUUCUUGCAUUGCGUGGUGUUCAUGUGAUUAUGGGAGUGAUUGAAAUGAUUGAUGCAUAUAAUGUGAAGGAAUCGAUUCUUAAGCAAAUUCCCACUGCUAAAGUUGAUGUGAUGAAGUUAGACCUAAGUUCCAUGGCCUCUGUUCAUCAUUUUGCAGAUGAGUUUAAUUCAACUUCUCUUCCAUUGAAUAUUUUGAUAAACAAUGCAGGGAUUUGUGCACCCCCUUUCAUGCUAUCCGAGGAUAACAUUGAACUUCAAUUUGCUAUAAAUUAUUUAGGUCAUUUUCUUCUAACAAAUCUGUUGUUGGAUAAUAUGAAGAAAACAACAAGAGAAAGUAAGAUACAAGGAAGAAUUAUUAAUGUCUCCUCAAUGGGUCAUCGAUUUACGUAUCCUCAAGGAAUCCUUUUCGACAAAAUUAACGAUCCAUCGAGUUACAGCAGUUGGCGUGCAUAUGGACAAUCAAAGCUUGCUAAUAUUUUACAUGUCAAUGAACUUGCAAGACGUCUCAAGGAAGAUGGAGUGGAUAUUACUGCUAAUUCUCUCCAUCCAGGAGCCACUUUCACCAAUAUAUACCUUCAGAGUCCUCUACUCACAGGUGCGUGGAAUCUGAUAGGGCCAUUUGUAAUCCAUUUGGUAGCAGGAUUUUUUGUGAAAAAUGUGCAGCAGGGAGCUUCAACAACAUGCUAUUUAGCAUUGCACCCAGAAGUGAGUGGAAUCAGUGGCAGUUAUUUUGUCGAUAAUAAUGUUUCAGAAACAUCCUCGCACGGAAGGGACAUGGAUUUGGCCAAGAAGCUCUGGGAUUUUAGCGUAAACUUGACAAACCAAAAUUCAAGGUCACAAUGAUCAAUUUAUAUAUGGAAUACCUUUUAGGUAUAUAAAAAUCUCAACAAUGUUUGCUGUUUCUAUUUUUUGAGUGCUAUUUUUCAAGCUUAAAUUUUGAUUUAUUUAGUGUUUUGUGGAGUGUUUUGUUCUUACAAAUCAUAACUAAAUCAAGAAAGUUAUGGUAAUAUUUUGUGCA